AUGGAAACUCCAGAAUUUUUAUAUGAUAAGGCAACUAUUUUCAACGAUCUAGUUAUGAGCUGAGGAUUUCCUCUAAUAUAGGUGUUUUCCCUAUAUGGCCUGAUAAGGGCCGUGGGUUCUCCGUGGAAUCCCUCUAUUGGUCAAGCCAACUCAGUGCGUUGGUUUGACCAAUUCACUGGUUGGUUCAACCAGCAGAGGGAUUCCACGGAGAACCCACGGCUCUUAUCAGGCCAUAUAGGGAAAACACCUAUAUCUUUUUGAAGAAAGCAAAAGGCAACCACAGAAAAUUUAGCUCAAAUCCCAAAACGCCUCCGGUUUGAUAAAGAUCUUGAAUUAAUAGAAGAAUCUUGACAAAAAGAACUGAAAAAGGAAAAGCCGAGUUUUGAACGGGCGCUCUUAAGAGUUAUAGGGUGAGAAGUAAUUAAAAUUUUUGCCCCAGGUAUUUUGUCACAAAGUUUCGGACUAAUUCAAGCUAUACUUGUCAUAUAUUUAGCUAGAUAUAUGAAUGAUAGCAAUGCAGAAGCUUAUGAAGGAGCCGGCUACACAAUUGCAUAUGGAGCAGUUGCCCUUAUAUCAUAUUAUAUGUGAAAUUUAUGCAUUUUUAGAGUGACUAUGCUAGUAAUAAGGCUGAAAUCAGUUGUACCUCGUUUAAUCUAUGAUAAACUCUUUGGGAUAUCAAAUAUGGAGCUAUCCCAAGGUAAUAUAAAAGGGAAAUUGGCUAAUGUAAUAGUUUCUGAGUUGGAAUUUAUGGAUGUCAUUGUCUAUAUUGUUUAUUUAUUUGCAGCAGUACCAUUCCUUAUCGGAUCGUUUUUAAUCUUACUCCCCCCCAUCCUUGAUCGAACGGCUCGCCAUCGUUCGAUCAAGGAUGGGGGUUAAAAAAAUUUAUAUAUAAAAAAAAUAUAUUUUUAUAUUGUUUUUUAUUUACUUUUAAAUAAGAGGGUUAAGAGUAUUUAAUAAUUAUUCUUACAGCAAAAAAUUGAAUUAAUUUCAUAAAAAUACCAAUUUUUAAUAUUUUGAUUUAUUAGUUACCCCUUUAAACUGUAUAAAUUUUAAUUUGUUCCUUAUUGAAUUAAAAUUUUUUUUUAAAAUUUUAAAGAAUCUCUAUUUUAUUAGAUUAUUGAAUUUUUAAGCCUAGUUUGAUGAUUAAAUCACUUCGAAUGGUUGAUUCCGUAGCCUUCUGUCGUCUCAAAGUCUCUGAAAACAACUUCAUUAUGUAUAUCUUCCCAAGCUUUUGAUAACUAAUAUAUUUUUUAUAUAUAUAAAAAUUGUCAUGAUAUGAAAAUCGUUCGAUCAAGGAUGGGGUUAAUUUUCCCAAUUUUUAGGAAUUUUUACAGUCAAUCGUUCGAUCAAGGAUGGGGGGGAGUUAGGCUUUUAUAUUGGGCCAGCAGGUAUCAUUGGGCUUAUUGUUAUUAUUUUUCAUUAUCCGUUCAUAUAUUUUUUAAGUGUCCUUAAUGGCAAAUACCGAGGAAAAAUUGCUUUAGUCAGUGAUUCACGUAUUAAAAUGAUCACAAACUUAAUCGAAGGGAUCAGGAUUGUAAAAUUAUAUGGUUGGGAAAGUCCUUAUUUAGAUUUGAUUUUUGAAAAAAGGAAAGAAGAAAUAAGUAAAUGUUUGAAAGGGUUAACUUAUUCAUCGUUAAAUAGAUCAAUGGGAAAUGGUGGAACUGGCCUUGUGCUUUUUGUGACAUUUUUAAUUUAUGUUUCUAUGGGACACUCUCUAGAGCCAGGAGUUGUGUUUGCAGGAGUUACUGUGCUGAUGAUGGCUCAUAGCUUAAUUUCCAAUUGGGGAGCAAGCGGAGUUCUCAUGCUAUUUUUAUUUAAAUCUUCUAUGAGAAGAAUUACAGAUAUAUUAUUAAUGAAGAAAAAAUUGAAUAUUAUUUAUGAACGUGAUGAAGAAUAUUCUGUAGUAGCUAAAGAUCUAAGUUUUUCAUGAAAUGAUUCUUGAAAUCAGAAUGACUAUGCAAAAUCACCUAGAUAUGACCAAGUCUCUUCAAGUUAUGAUGAUGAAAACCCAAGAUUGACGGAGGAAACUCCUAGGCCAACACUUUGCAAUAUUAAUUUUAAAAUAAAACCAGGCGAGCUAUUAAUGGUUGUAGGGCAGGUUGGAAGCGGAAAAAGUAGCUUAUUUAUGGGCUUAUUACAAGAAAUCCAAACAUACGGUGAAAAAAUGAAAAUUAAUGGGGAAAUCACUUAUGCUGGAGAAAAUCCAUGAAUUAUAUCAGGCAGUAUCAAAGAUAAUAUCCUGAUGGGCUUGGAAUAUAGUGAAGAGCUCUAUCAUAAAAUAAUCAAAGUCUGCUCUCUUGAACAAGAUUUAGAAAGUUUUGCGCAUGGGGAUGAAACUGUGAUAGGUGAUCGUGGGAUUACCCUAAGUGGCGGACAAAAAGCUAGGAUAAGCCUAGCCAGAGCAAUUUAUACCAACCGAGAAAUAAUCUUGCUUGAUGAUCCUUUAAGUGCAGUAGAUGCUGAGGUAAGUUCAUAUCUAUUUAACACCUGCAUCAAAGAGUAUCUAAAAGAUAAAACUGUUAUUCUUGCAACGCACCAAAUUCACUACAUCUCUCAAGCUGACAAAAUUUUGGUGUUGGAUGGUGGAAAUCAGUUGUUUUUUGGAAACUAUGAAGAGUUAAGAGCAAGAGAAGAUGUUUUUCACAUUGUAGGGGAGCUUCUUGAGCAAGAUAAUGAAGAAGAUGAGGAUAAAAAAGAUGCAGCAAAAGAAACUAACGCAAAAGUGGAAGUGAAAGAUAAAAUAGCAAUUGAAGAAGAAGAGAGUGCAGAGGGGUCUACACCUUGGAAAAUAUACUAUAAAUAUUUAUGAUAUGGAUUCGGAUCAUGGAUAGUUAUAGUAAUUGUCAUGCUAAUUGUGGCUGCUGGGCAAGUAUCAUACCUAGCUGUAAUUUGGUGGCUGGCAUUAUGGGCAAAAGCAUCAGAUGAUGAUCAAACUGACUCAUUCUAUUUAUGAAUUUUUGCAAUAAUAGUUGGUGUGAAUUAUGUUUUAACAUUCGCAAGAUCUUAUAUAAUGAGCAUAGGGCUGCUUAUGGCUGGUGAGAGAAUCCAUAAUAAAGCUUUACAAGGAAUGACCCUGACAGAAAGUGUCUUUUUUGAUAAAAAUCCUACUGGAAGGAUGAUAAAUCGGUUUUCGAAAGAUACCUUAAUGACUGAUGAAGUUCUUCUUAGAUACUUUUCAGAAGCCGUAAUUCAGUCUGCAACAGUUUUGGGAAACAUUAUUGUAUUAUCUAUUGUUGCUCCUCCCAAUAUAGCUGUUAUUUUUAUUUUUUUUAUAUAUAGGUGUUUUCUCUAUAUGGCCCGAUAAGGCCGUGGGUUCUUGUGGAAUCCCUCUGUUGGUCUAACCAAUUCAGUGGUUGGUUCAACCAGCAGAGGGAUUCCACGGAGAACCCACGGCCCUUAUUGGGCUAUAUAGGGAAAGCACCUAUAUGUCUUUAUCAUCGCCAAAAAAGUUGUACCCAUAACAAAAGACUUACGAAAAAUUGAGCUGAUUUCUAAAAGUCCAAUCCUUUCUUUAGCAAAUUCUACAAUCAAUGGCUUGGUAACCAUUCGGGCACUAAAUCUCCAAAAUAAAUUUCUUGAUGACAUGAAGAAUGCAAUAAUUCAUAGUGAAAGAUCCUUACUAAGCUACCACGUUGUGUUAAAAACAUAUCAAGGAUAUACAGAACUUGGUGCCUUGUUCAUAAACAUUCUCAAUGUUGUCAUAUUAGUAUUAUAUAAGGAUCAUAUAAAUUCAAGUUUAGGGGCAAUGAGCAUUUCUUUAUCAAUUGUGAUGGCAACAGUCAUUACUUUUUGGGCCAAAACAGUAGCUGAGGUAGAAAAUUUAAUGACUUCUCCACAAAGGUUAAUUGAGUAUGCUGAUAUUCAAGAGGAAGGAAAAUUUGAAUCGGAAAAUCCCUUCAUAAUAGAUAAAGGAAAAAUCGAAGUAAAAGAAUUAUAUAUGAGAUAUAGGGAAAACUAUCCUUAUGCACUGAAAAAUCUUUCAUUCACUAUUGAGCCUGGACAAAAAGUUGGAAUUAUUGGCAGGACUGGGGCUGGAAAAUCUUCAAUAAUGCAAGUUCUUUUUAGGCUCAUAAAUCCUUCUUCAGGAACUAUUUAUAUUGAUGGCCAAGAUUAUAUGAAUGCAGGACUUCAUCAGUUAAGAAAGCAAAUGUCUGUAAUCCCUCAGUCACCUACCAUAUUUUUGGCAAGUUUUCGUGAUAAUAUUGACCCAUUCCAUGAGCACUCAGAAGAAGAAAUUUUAAAAAUUCUAAAGGAAACAAAGCUUAAUAAGUUAGCCAGAUCCCUCCCAAAUGGAAUCAAUUCACUCCUAACUGGUGAAGGAGGAAAUUUAUCAUCAGGCCAAAAGCAGCUUGUAUGCUUAGCGAGAGCUCUUAUCAGGAAAAAUAAAAUUGUAAUGAUGGAUGAAGCAACUGCGAACGUGGACCCUGAAACUGAUAAAUUCAUACAAAAUCAGAUUAAAAAAAUGUUGGGAGACAGCACACUUCUAAUUGUUGCUCAUAGGCUGAGGACUAUUGUUGAUUCUGAUUGAAUAAUUGUUAUGAAUAAAGGGAGCUGCAAAGAGGUUGGAACACCUUAUGAGUUGAUAAACAAAGAAAAAUCAUUAUUCAGAAAAAUGAUUAUGCAUACAGGGUCUCAAGAAUCAAAUUUUUUGAUCAAUAAAAUUUUGGGCAUAGAAUAA